CUCACCCUCACUUGUUUGGUCCUCUUGCUUGACACUUUCUCGUCCCAGUAUAUUUUUUCAAGAGGGGUUUGUUCACAAUCGCCGAAUCUAACUCGGCGUAAGCCCACACUGAUUCGCGUUUCCGACGAUACAACUCUUAAAUUAUCCAUAGAAUUUGAUCGCAUAUAGAAAUUGUAAGUAAGAGUUUCAGAAUCUUGGUCACGGCCAUGGGUCAAGCUUUCCGAAAGCUCUUUGACGCCUUCUUCGGGAACUCCGAGAUGCGGGUUGUGAUGCUUGGUCUUGAUGCUGCUGGCAAAACAACUAUACUGUACAAGCUGCAUAUUGGAGAAGUUUUAUCGACUGUCCCUACUAUUGGUUUCAAUGUGGAGAAAGUUCAGUAUAAGAAUGUUAUAUUCACAGUUUGGGAUGUAGGAGGGCAAGAAAAAUUAAGGCCACUUUGGAGGCACUAUUUUAACAAUACAGACGGUUUGAUAUAUGUUGUUGAUAGCCUGGACCGAGAGAGAAUUGGAAAAGCAAAGCAGGAAUUUCAGGCUAUCAUAAGUGAUCCGUUCAUGCUCAAUAGUGUCAUUUUGGUUUUUGCCAACAAACAAGACAUGAAAGGAGCAAUGACGCCAAUGGAAGUAUGUGAAGGACUAGGUCUCUUUGAACUCAAGAAUAGAAAAUGGCACAUACAAGGAACUUGUGCGCUUAGGGGAGAUGGCCUUUAUGAGGGCUUGGACUGGUUGGCUGCAACUCUGAAGGAGAGAAAUGCUGCUGGAUACUCUUCACUAGGAACCUCAUCUUUCUAAAUGGUCAAGGUAUUUCGGUCUCUCUCGGUUAGUUGAACCAACGAACAAGGAGUGUUGGCCAUUUUCAUCGUAACGUUGUGAAUUGUAAUCAUAUUUUUUUUGGGGUUACAUCUGAAGCUGCCAAUGAAGUAUAUAGUUGCUUUUGCCUUGCCUGGCACUGAGAUUAUGUGACUUGAUCCAAUGUAUAGAUAGAGGUUUGAGCCUGAUGAAUGAAUAACCAAUAUGAUCAACAUUCUUAUCA